CUUACAGGGAACUGAGCUCUACCCUCAACAUAAAAUUUUAAAGCAUUUCUCUUUUCCUUUAAUAAACAUAGAGAGUUUAUUUUCCUCUUCGUUCUUAUUCCUCUGAACUGCAUGUCAUAACAGUAGGCUUUGAAAACCUACCUUCUCUUUUUAACUGAGAAAAGAAUUCAAAAUUUAUUUAACUAUUAACAGUCAACUAUUGUUGAAUGUAGUAACUUAAAUCCAGUUUCAUGUACAAACUAGUUGAGCACAUAGUGUAAAUGUUGGACAUUCCAUGUUUUGGAGCAUCACGGCAGUAAAGGAGAUACCAUUUGAAGUCAUCCCUCCAAUUAGUUGAAGUUUUAGAUUCUUCUGGUAACUAUGAAGUGUAGACUAUAAAGUUCCUUGAGUGAAUUGUUGACUUCCUGUAUCAUUCAAGGCAAUCACCCUGAUUGUGUUUGUUACUUUUAGAAGAACUGAGUUCUGUUUGAAACUUGGACUAACCUGACUCUGAUACAGAUGCCACUGCAAAGUUCUGAGCAUUGUUACAUAGUAGCAUAAUCACUUCACUGCUCAACAAAGGAGGCUACUUUUAUGUAAUGUUUAGUAAAUGGCUAUUAUGUAUUUCCUGCCUCAUCCAUGUAAGCAAAUGUAAUUUAUCAAAGCAAAGAAAAUCAAAUUUUCAAGUCAUAAAAGAGAAAAUAUAAUGAUCCUCAAUUACUGUCUUUGUUGCAUACUGCAUCAUGUUAAUAACUGCUCACACUGCUUUUAAUUAAUCUAAUGCUUAUUGCUUCUAACCUUCACUAAACAGUUUUGAAAAUUGCUAUAGUUUAGCCUGCGACGCUUAUGAUUAGAGUCAACAGUUUGAAAUGGCCAGCUCACCUGAUGCAGUCGUCUCUUCUCCACCAGCUUUCUUAAGGUCUGGGUCCAUUUAUGAACCUCUUAAAAGCAUUAAUCUUCUGAGACCUGAUAAUGAAACUCUGUGGGAUAAAUUGGAUCAUUAUUACAGAAUUGUUAAGUCAACAUUACUACUGUAUCAAAGUCCCACCACGGGUCUCUUUCCUACUAAAACAUGCGGUGAUGAUCAGAAGGCCAAGGUCCAUGACAGUCUGUACUGUGCUGCUGGGGCCUGGGCUUUGGCUCUUGCAUACAGGCGCAUUGAUGAUGACAAGGGAAGGACCCAUGAGCUGGAGCACUCGGCUAUAAAAUGUAUGAGAGGAAUUCUCUACUGCUAUAUGCGUCAGGCCGAUAAGGUCCAGCAGUUUAAGCAGGAUCCACGCCCAACAACAUGUCUUCACUCUGCUUUCAAUGUACACACAGGAGAUGAGAUCCUUUCCUAUGAGGAAUAUGGUCAUCUUCAGAUAAAUGCAGUGUCACUCUAUCUCCUUUACCUUGUGGAAAUGAUUUCCUCAGGACUCCAGAUUAUCUAUAACACCGAUGAGGUCUCUUUUAUUCAAAACCUUGUAUUUUGUGUAGAAAGAGUUUACCGCGUUCCUGACUUCGGAGUCUGGGAAAGGGGAAGCAAAUACAAUAAUGGCAGCACAGAGCUACAUUCAAGCUCUGUUGGCUUAGCAAAAGCAGCUUUAGAAGCAAUUAAUGGAUUCAACCUCUUUGGCAACCAGGGCUGUUCCUGGUCAGUGAUAUUUGUGGAUCUCGAUGCCCACAAUCGCAAUAGGCAAACUUUGUGCUCACUGUUACCCAGAGAAUCAAGAUCUCAUAACACUGAUGCUGCCCUGCUCCCCUGCAUCAGCUAUCCUGCAUUUGCUUUGGAUGAUGAAGUUCUGUUUAACCAGACACUUGAUAAAGUGGUUAGAAAACUGAAAGGAAAAUACGGAUUUAAGCGUUUCUUGAGAGAUGGGUAUAGAACAUCAUUGGAAGAUCCCAACAGACGCUACUACAAACCAGCUGAAAUUAAGCUAUUUGAUGGCAUUGAAUGUGAAUUUCCCAUAUUUUUCCUUUACAUGAUAAUUGAUGGUGUUUUCAGAGGCAAUCCCAAACAAGUAAAAGAAUAUCAGGAUCUUUUGACUCCAGUACUUCAUCACACCACAGAAGGUUAUCCGGUCAUACCAAAGUACUAUUAUGUGCCAGCUGACUUUGUAGAAAAUGAGAAAAAAAAGCCUGGUAGUCAGAAACGAUUCCCUAGCAACUGUGGCCGUGAUGGAAAACUGUUUCUUUGGGGACAAGCCCUUUAUGUCAUUGCAAAACUCCUGGCUGAUGAAUUAAUCAGUCCUAAAGACAUUGAUCCCGUUCAUCGUUAUGUUUCACUACAGAAUCAACGUAAUGUGAGCAUGAGGUUUUCCAAUCAGGGCCCACUGGAAAAUGAUUUGGUCGUUUACGUAGCGCUAAUAGCAGAAAGUCAACGCCUUCAAGUUUUUCUCAACACAUACGGUAUUCAGACUCAAACUCCUCAACAGGUAGAACCCAUUCAGAUAUGGGCCCAGCAGGAGCUUGUGAAAGCUUAUUUCCAUCUGGGUAUAAAUGAAAAAUUAGGACUCUCCGGAAGGCCAGAUAGGCCCAUUGGCUGCCUCGGUACAUCAAAGAUUUAUCGCAUUCUAGGAAAGACUGUGGUUUGUUACCCUAUUAUCUUCGACCUAAGUGAUUUCUACAUGUCUCAAGAUGUUUUACUGCUGAUAGAUGACAUAAAGAAUGCACUACAGUUCAUUAAGCAAUACUGGAAAAUGCACGGACGUCCACUUUUCCUUGUCCUCAUCCGGGAAGACAAUAUAAGAGGUAGCCGAUUCAAUCCCAUAUUAGAUAUGCUGGCAGCUUUUAAAAAAGGAAUAGUUGGAGGAGUCAAAGUUCAUGUUGAUCGUCUACAGACGUUAAUAUCCGGAGCUGUGGUGGAACAACUUGACUUCUUACGAAUCAGUGACACAGAAGAGCUUCCAGAAUUUAAGAGUUUUGAGGAACUACAAGUUCCCAAACAUUCAAAAGUCAAACGACAAAGCAGCACCUCCAAUGCUCCUGAACGGGAACAGCAGCCAGAUGUCGCCGUUACUGAGUGGAGAAACAAGCCCACCCACGAAAUUAUUCAAAAACUGAAUGACUGUAGUUGCCUGGCUAGCCAAGCCAUCCUGCUGGGUAUACUGCUCAAAAGAGAAGGCCCCAACUUCAUCACAAAGGAUGGUACUGUUUCUGAUCACAUUGAGAGAAUCUAUAGAAGAGCUGGCAGCAAAAAACUUUGGUCGGUGGUACGCCAUGCAGCAAGUCUUUUAAGUAAACUAGUGGACAGCCUGGCCCCAUCCAUUACUAAUGUUUUAGUGCAGGGCAAACAGGUAACUCUGGGUGCCUUUGGGCAUGAAGAAGAGGUUAUCUCUAAUCCUUUGUCUCCAAGAGUGAUUAAGAACAUCAUCUAUUACAAGUGUAACACCAAUGAUGAGAGGGAGGCGGUCCUUCAGCAAGAGCUGGUCAUCCACAUUGGCUGGAUCAUCUCCAAUAACCCUGAGUUAUUCAGUGGCAUGCUGAAAAUACGAAUUGGGUGGAUCAUCCAUGCUAUGGAGUAUGAACUACAGAUCCGUGGUGGAAACAAGCCAGCCAAGGACUUAUAUCAGCUCUCACCUAGUGAAGUGAAACAGCUUCUGUUGGAUAUUCUCCAGCCUCAACAGAGUGGAAGAUGUUGGCUGAACCGGCGUCAGAUCGAUGGGUCUUUGAACAGAACUCCCCCUGGGUUCUAUGACAGAGUGUGGCAGAUCCUGGAGCGCACACCCAACGGCAUCAUUGUAGCCGGGAAGCAUUUGCCACAGCUGCCCAAGAGACCAGGAGCUCCACUCCUCACCUCACCCAGUUCUCCCUCUGCUUGAGUCCCGGAGAGGAUGGUCAUCCUUGACCCAAGUCAAGGCACAUGGACAAUUCAAACAUCGUAAAUCCUGACUGCGCACCUUUUUCAGCUGCGUGCUCACCCCCACAGUAAAUGCAUCAGCACCAUAAAAGAGAGGAAGUGAUCUUUUUUUUAUUUGUUUCAUUUUCAGUCUUUUCUGUUUAUGGAAAUCAUGCAUGACUAUUGUAGAAAGUUUUAAUAGUUCAGAAAAUUACAGAAAAGAAAGCAAAAAAUUUUCCUCUGUACCUACUAGCAGUAGAUCAUCACUGUUGAUAUUCUGAGGGACAACUUUCCAAAUACCUCUCCAUGAAUAGAGAAGGCAUGUAAUUUUCUGUAUCAUCACUGCUCUGUGUAAAAGUUAAAUGCUAAAAUACACACGCGUACAUGCACAUGUGUACACAUGCCUUUAUGACAUUUUAAAACAUUAUACGCAAUAAAUAGAGAAUCUUCCCAAAUGAAUGGGUAUAAUUUAUAGCUCAUCUUCCCUUUGUCUCUCGGGGGAUGUCUCCAUGAGACUAUGUGUUUCUUGGAGGGCAGAUAAUGUGUCUCAUUGAUACAGAAGCUCUCAGUGAGUGCUGAGCAGGGUGUGGCACCUCCUAAAAUCCAGCACUUCUGGAGCUACAGUCAGCUGAGUGAAAUUCAGCCUUAUCUCUGAUGUGCCAGGAUUUGGAAAGAGUGUCAACCAAUCAGUCUCAUAGCAUGUGGGAAGGAGGCAGAGACUGGAGUCAAGAAAACAUGGGGUUAGUAGAAGGGUGGAUGCCUUCCUUGUGCUGUGAACCUUUUGGUAUCUUUUGCCCAAUAUCCGGGACCUACAGUGCACAUGGAGAGCCCUAAAAUGAGGUCAUUCUCUUUGCAGAAGAAAUUUUCCAAUAGAACCUGAGAAAAACUUUGAUUUUUUUUUUUUUUUUUUUGGCUAAAGCCCUGCCCCAAGCUCUCCCACAUUGUGACCCUGGAUUUUUUCCUUUGGUUCUUUCAGAUUCUGUUUUAGAAGCAUUUCAGUAAGUACAGAGAGAAGGAUUCCCAAGCUGGGAACUAUGAGGCCUUUUUCCUGUUCCAUGUACAAAGUAGGAGCCAUAAUGAUCAUCAGAAAGUCUCCACCAAGCAUUGUAUACUCAUACAAUCUUUGCGUAUUAGAGUUUGUCAUGUAAAAUGGGUAUUAGUACUUAGGAUACAUGUAUGGGGUAGCCAGACAGUUGGAUGAUGCAUUAAACUAACAGCUUAUACAGACCAAAUAGUAUUCAUGUCAGAAGGAGGUCAGAGUUAAAUGUGUUGUUUAAAAUAUAACCAUCCCCUGAGAAAUACCGCAUCAUUACAGCAUCACACUCAUUUUGGGGUGUGAGCCUAGAUCCAGUCUCUGCUGAGCUCGGCUGCUUCCUCUGGCUUUGUUGCCCACCGCCUCUUCUGGGGUGGCCUCUGCCCCACUGGACACUGGAUUUGGUAUCUUGCCACCAAGGAUGAACACCUGAAGGCCAGAGAGAGUUCAGACACUUUGGGUGAAUGGGGCACUAGGUACUAUAGUCAGGAUUAGGAAAGUCAUUUUUUCGGAGUUACUAAUUUCAUUUAAGUGACUGGAAAACAUUUCUGUACAGCUACAGAGGGAUACAUACAAUGAAAAAAAAGUUCUGUUCCAAACAGAACUGAUGGUAGUACUAAUUUACAGGAUUAGGAAGAUUCCAUCAAUAGAUGACCCUAGAGCGCAUCAUUGUACAGAACACACUGUGGGAUAUGUGGCUCAUCCAUCAGUCUGAAUAAAGAAUGGAAACCUAA